CAUAGACACACACAGGAAAGGCUUCUCCUUCUGACUCUCUGUCCCAUCAGUCACUCUACUGCUGGCGUCUCUGUGAGCAUGACUAGGGGAGCUUCUGCGAUGCAGCUGAGCCAGGUGGUGCUGGGUCUGGUGUUGGUGUUCAGCGGGUCCCGGGUGUCUGCUCUGAAGAUCUGCACCUUCAACAUCCAGUCCUUUGGAGAGAAGAAAAUGGAGAAACCUGAGGUGGUGGAGGUCAUUGUAGAUCUGAUCGUUCGUUGUGACAUCAUGCUGGUGAUGGAGAUUAAAGAUGCUGGGGGAAAGGCUUUCCCUCAACUCAUGACUCAGCUCAACAGUCAUUACAUCUCUAAGAAGAACGAGUACAGCUAUGUGAUCAGUGACCGACUGGGACGCAAGUCCUAUAAGGAGCAAUACGCCUUUGUUUACAGAACAAAGCAGGUGACAGUGAAGGAGGUCUACCAGUAUCCAGACACCCAGCCAGGAGACCAGGAUGCAUUCUCCAGGGAGCCCUUUGUCGUCUGGUUCUCAUCCCCAAAAACAGCCGUCCAGGACUUUGUGAUCAUUCCCAUCCACACCACCCCAGAGACAUCUGUCAAGGAGAUUGAUGAGCUGUAUGAUGUGUUUCAGGAUAUAAAGAAGAGGUGGAGCUCAGAGAAUGUGAUCAUCAUGGGGGACUUCAAUGCGGCCUGUGGCUAUGUACCCAAGAAGCAGUGGGGCAGCAUCCGCCUGCGGUCCGACAGCAGCUUCCUGUGGCUAACGGGCGACACCCUUGACACCACUGUGAAGGAGUCCACCGACUGCUCCUACGACAGGAUUGUUCUUCAUGGAGACCAGAUGAUUCAAGCGGUCAACCCAUCCUCCCUGGAUGUGUUCAACUUCAGACAGGCCUACGGACUCAGCGAGUUACAAGCUCUGGCGGUGAGUGACCACUUCCCAGUGUGCAUCACGGUGAAGGCCGCUGCCAGGAAGAGAACGGGAUAAUGUCCUGUCUGUGCCUGGCCUGCCGCUCCUGCUGUUGGUCUAACGCAGCUUUGUUCCAGACCAGCACCAUUAGACCUCCCGUAAAGCUAAAUCGAUUACUCAGGACUUCCACAGCUUUAGCGUCACUGAGCGCCAGUGUUUACCCGUCUCGCAGCAGCCAGAGAUGUGAUCACAUUACAGCGGCCUGCUAGCCACAUGCGUUAUGUUGGACACGGGCCACUGCUUUGCUAAAUCGGUCGCGAUGGGCCCCCCUGCACAGAUGUCAUUUGGCACAGCCACCACAGAAGUCCCUGGGAGUUCCCCAGGACAUGACCUAGUAAAGCUAGAAGACUUAUGGACCCCAGGUCCUCUGCUAACCCAGGCAUUUCCAGACAUUAAUUAGUGUUUAUGCAUAAGUCAUGGUAUUUAUUCAUGGUUUUUAAGUUUUGUCACAAAAUUUGUUUUGGUGCAGUUAUCCAAUGGACCAGCCCACUCAAUGCAUCCACGAUGGAAACCGAUCAUAGUUUGGUCUUUGGUGCUUCACUAAGGCAUGAAAAUACAAUACUACCUCUGAAGAAGGCAAAUAAUUAGUAGUUGAACCCUUUAUCAUAAUUUUGAAGUAAAAUUGAUAAUAGAAGAAGUAUAAUGUUAACUAGCUAGUUAAUGUUGAGGGCAGUACACCUGACUUCAGCUACAGUAGCUAGUUAGUAUUAGCUUUUUAUUUUGACUGACUUUGAUAGUUAUCACAACAUUGUAUCUGUCAAAGUGCAUUUGAGGUAACACUUUAUUUAAGGGGUCCUUGUUAUUUUAAAUAUUCUACCUGGGGAUAUAUGUACUUAUAUAUGCACACAUUACCCAUUCUGACAACAUUGUCUUCAGUCUGAAACAUCUGGAAGAGCAUUUUAGAUCAGACUGUUAACAAACUAGUACUGUACACCACAUAGUACAUGUUCCAUUUGCCUAGGUACAGUGUGAUUACAAGUUGUUACACAGGAUUUAGCUAGUUCAAAAAAAGUAUUUCCUUAGGAGUACUUACUUGUAACUAAUGUGUACUUAUACAGCAAAAUAUUUAUAUAACUUGGUUUAAGUAUGUGGUUACAAGCAUUUAUUGUUACAGGUGUAUUACUACCAAUUACUACCAGUAAAAUGUUAUUACAAUGUAGCAAUGGGUUGUUACACUCAGUUACUACACUUUAACUGUAUACUUGCAUAUGUAAUUACACAGCAACAAGUGGCCCUUAAAAAGAGAUGAUAUGUUUUCAACUAAAUAUCAGCCUACUUGUCAUAUUUCUGAUGGAGUAAUUCAGACGAAACAAUGAUUAACCUGUUUAACGUCAUUAGCACCAUGAACACAACUGCGCCGUCUUCAGAGUGUUAGUGGCCACAGCAAAGACGCGAACGACUAAUGGAGGUGCGAUCCAUGAAUAAGUAAUAGCAGAUGUUAAUGUGCUGAAGAGGAGACCAGACCAACAGCGGCUUGGUCAUUACAAACCACAAGAUCCUGGUGUUGCUAUGAGACCAAUUGUGUCAUGUGACUGAAGGCUAGCAAGCUGAUUGGUGGACUGCCUUGGUUCUGACACCCUAUUCACUAUGAGGUUCACAAGUUAGGACCAAAGCUGUAUGGAAUCUGGUGUAAUGUUACACAAUAUAUGAUGAAUUGGGCGCCAUUUGGGACUAACCCCCUUUGUAAUUGAUGAAGAAAUGUUCCACCACACAGACCUGACCGCCAAUAACCAAAUGUCACUUAUUUUGCUCAACAGUUGUAACCAUCUGUAUACACUUAUCAUAGGUGAUUUUGAAGGAACAUAGUUUAAUGAAAAGUAUCUUACAAGAAAAUAUAUUUUGUAUAAAUCAAACAUACAGUCAAUAUUAAAGUAAGUAAUUUCUCAUCAAGAUGUUUGUAAUAAUAGAGUGUAAAGCCAGCAGUUAUCAUCCAAGGCGAUCAGAUUCAGAGGUACAAUUGAAGAUUCCAUUUCUGGCAUAAAAAGCAUUCUUCACAACUCCUGACCUCCCAUUGGCAGGUGACCUGUACUCCCUUCCAGAAUCACCUGGAAACACACAGAUGCAAAGAACGUUGACAUGUUAACACUCAAAUUUUCCAAAAACACCUUAUUUCCUGUGCAUUGCUUUCUAAUAAAAUUCUCCUCAAAUCCUUUCAGGUGUC